CAUACAUACAGCCUUGCUCAAUUCAUUUCAAUGGGAUCACUCAGCGGACUCGCCGCGACGAUGGCAACCGACAACGAAGAGGGCAACAAGGUGACGAACAAGUCAGCUGACGCUGGCAAGAGAAAGGAUAAAAAGAAAGACAGGCAUCGAAAAAGAAAACAGUCUGACCCAGCGGACGUGGAAGCUGUUCCAGAAUCACCUUCGGAGCCAGGCAAGUCCUCGAAGAAGGAUCGCAAGCGCAAGCGUGAAAUUGAAGUUGGUGAUACCACUACCCAGGAAAACAUAACCAAAAGCAAGAAGAAAAAGAAACACGAUGCGGAUGCCCAAAAUUCUCCGCAGCUGGUCCCAACGAUUCAUGCUUCACCACCAUCCUCAUCAGAAGGACAAGCUUUCCUUGAAAAACACUCCCCGACCCCGAUCCAGGCAGCCGCAUGGCCAUGGGCUCUGGCCGGUAAGGAUGUGGUCGGAAUUGCUGAAACGGGGAGUGGAAAAACGUUGGCCUUUGGCAUACCUGCCCUUUCCCGACUUAUCGCCACAGGGUCGAAUGGGAGUGCGAUUAACGUUCUUGUGGUUGCACCCACUCGCGAACUUGCGAUUCAAACACAUGACACCCUUUCUGCGCUCGGCGCUCCUUUCGGUAUGGCCAGUGUUGCCGUGUACGGUGGAGUCGACAAGUCCCCGCAGAUCAAAGCCCUCUCAAAUAAUUCAGAGGACGGAAAAACGACCCGCAUUGUUGUUGGCACUCCCGGUCGGAUAUUAGAUCUAGUCAACGACGGUGCUUGUGACUUAUCUAAGGUAAAUUAUUUGGUCUUAGAUGAAGCGGAUAGAAUGCUAGACAAAGGAUUCGAACACGACAUCACGGCAAUUAUUUCCCAUACCAUGCAAAGAUCUGACCGCCAGACCAUGAUGUUCAGUGCGACAUGGCCAGAGGCUGUUCGUAGACUUGCGAGUGCAUUCUUGCGUGAUCCUGUACGAGUGACGGUCGGUAGCGAUGACCUCACUGCAAACAGCCGCUGUAGAGCAAUGCAUCGAAGUCUUGGAGGAUGCACGAGAAAAAGAGUGCGUACAUUAUCUCAUCUUACGUUUCAGGCUUCAUUCCAAAUGUUGGAUUACAGUGCGCUCCUUGCCAAGCACCUUGCCUUACUCGGUUGUGCACGCAAAAACGUACUCGUUUUCGCUUUGUACAAAAAGGAAGCGUCUCGUGUAGAAGCCACGCUUAAGCGUGCUGGGCACGAUGUCGGAGCUCUGCACGGAGACAUGGCGCAGAGUGCACGAAUGGCUGCACUUGAGUGGUUCAAAUCUAGCCAGAACUCCGGUGGGGACGGCAAUCCCGGAAAGGGAAGAAAAAACACGGGGCUUCGGCUCUUGGUGGCUACGGACGUGGCAGCUCGUGGGCUGGAUAUACCCGAGGUGGGAGCUGUGGUGAACUAUACCUUUCCGUUGACGAUCGAAGAUUAUAUACAUCGCAUUGGGCGAACAGGCCGCGGAGGCCGCUCUGGGCGUUCGAUCACGUUCUUCACGGGUGAUGUUCAUGAACGCGCUCUCGCCGGCGAACUUGCGCGUGUACUGCGUGAUGCUGGGUUUGGGGCCGAGGCAGACAAGCUGGCGCACAAGUUCCCGAUGACGAUAAAGAAAAAGACACAUUCUGCGUACGGUGCUUUCUUCAGAGAUGACGUUGGAGGAGCUGCGACGAAGAUCGUGUUUUAGGGUGCUUGGAGGAUGAGGGGACGACUAGCCAAGUUGGAUGACAGCCUGCCAGGAUG